AUGUUCAAUAGGAGGGUACUGAUACUGUGGGCAGUUUUCUUACUUGUUCACCAUAGCGCUUUGGCUUAUCCUGUCCGAAGGCGGCAGUCCACAAAUCCAUUCGCCACAAAUCCCUUCACGACUACGAAUUUCGAUCCUACCUUCUCGAACACUAAUCCAUUCGCGACAACCACACAAAACACAUUUGAUCCAGCUACAUAUAAUCCGAACGUAUUCAAUCCCACAUCCUUCAAUCCAACAUCCUUCAACCCAACAGUGCCGGUCACUGGCAUUGUACCUGUUAAUACUGUGCAGAAUGUAAAUAUUGAUUUGCAGAAUUCGAAUGUGAAUUCUGACAGAGGAGGAGUGAGCAGUAUUGGUGAUUCUGACAUUACUGUGAAUGGCGGUGUUGGUGCUGGCGCAGGAGCAGCUGCAACGGCUGCUUUUGUAUCUGAGAGUGGUUGA